AUGUGCCACUUUCAGGUCUCCUCACACUGCUGGUGUGUUCCAUUUUGUCAUAGGGUGCUGGCAGAUUACGGGCCUCCCAUUGCUGCUGCCAGGCCCGUAAUCUGCCAUGGGCCCCUGUACCGCCUCCUCAUGCUGCUGCCAGGUCCAGAGUGUCUCAUGGGUCCCUGUACGGCCUCCCAUUGCUGCUGUCUCCAUCGCCACACUCUGCCAUGUGCCACUUUCAGGUCUCCUCACACUGCUGGUGUGUUCCAUUUUGUCAUAGGGUGCUGGCAGAUUACGGGCCUCCCAUUGCUGCUGCCAGGCCCGUAAUCUGCCAUGGGCCCCUGUACCGCC